AUGAGAGACCGCAUUGUUACACGCCGUACCCAAUUUUCUAGUUGUGACGAGUGCCGCAGAUCACGCGUCGCAUGCGAUGCACAGAACCGUCGCAGCGUUGCUGGCAUACCGUCCGCUCCCUGUACACGCUGCUUGAAUCGGAAUCGAGCCUGCACAUUCAAAUGGAUCCAAGAUGCCAAAGAGGGAUCAUCUACUAGACAUACAGCUACUACGCCCUCAAAAUCGCAAGGUCGAUAUAGACGAACGUCCCAUAUUCUCAUCGAUCAAGUAUCAGCAGAGGAACCAAUUAAUGCUUCUUCCCCGGAGGCUGCUCCUAUCAACAACCAUGAGUUCUGGCAGAAUCGAUUCAGGCCUACGCCAAACUCACGACUUGAGUCAUCAGAGCAGGCCUUGUCGGACCUUGUAUCACCCCCCUCUGACGCUGAGCCGCAUCCACUAAGCAACUCCCACUCUGAAUGGCUUCACACUCUAUACAGACAAAAUUUCGAGGUCGUUUUUGGGUCUUGGAUGGGCCGGUAUUGCUGCCCUUUCUUAUUUGGACAAGAUGACCUCGCCGAAAGGUACAUCAGCAUAUCAGAUUUGUGUCGUCAUCUCGACAGAUAUAUGGCCGAUACUUCUAAAGGCAACCAAAGCUCGGGCCAGGAACAGUGGAUUCAAAACGACGAGAAACGAGACGUUUUGAUAGAACAAUCGUUGCGCAAUACGAUUGCCGCAUUCGCCGCAAGGUGGUUACCAAUCACCUCUUCAGAUGACUUGGGAGGCAUCGAUACCCUGCACCAAAUCCAGACUAUGUGGCGGCAAGCUCGAAGAGACAUGCUGAGAAUUAUCAAUCGCCUCUCGUAUAGAUCGAUGCUGUCCCUUUUUCUCUUUGCUUUGACUCCAAUUCCGAUGGGUAUUUCGGAAGACGAGGAGAUGGAUGGUGUCUCUGGACAGGUUUGCAUCCACGCGGCUUUGCAACAGGUCCAGUCUCUUCGAGCCCGGCAAAGGAAUCUACAGUUCAGUGGCUCAAAAGUGUUUCCUUCAUCGAGUUCGACAGCAAUAUGUGCCACUCCAGAAGCCGCCGACACUUCUGGCUUUAUCAAUGCAGAAAAUAUUGCGUACUGGGCGGCAAUCACAUUCGACACCUCAGCAUCCCUCACCCUCAAUUGCAGACCACUUCUUUCAUCAGGGCUCUUCGGGUUUGAGUCCGAAUUUACAUGGAAACUGGUUCGAACUUGCUUGAAUGUGUUUAAUGAAUCUUCAAAGAGUUGGCGCCUGGGCAGUGCUGAGAUGACAGAUGAAAGGGCCAACGAGAUUAUCGCAGCCGCCGCCUGCUGGAAGCUGUUGACUUGGAAAUUGGCUGCUAAUUUUAAAGAAGCCCUUCGGGAUGGUCACGACGAGCAUGAGGUUCGAAAGGCUCUUUCCUACGUUAGAAAUUCCGUCAAGGAGUUUGAUACUACAUUCCGUCCGUUUCUGGACGAAUGCUAUAAGCGCAUGCAGUUCUUUGGUCAACAAACAAAGCUUCGUUGGUUCUCACUGAUGCUUCAUUAUUCUCUAAGCAUAUUGAUGGUGCUGGAUACAAUAGAAGUCGUAGAUCGGUACGACUUGCUUGUUGACCUUAAAGAUGCUAGCAUUGAAGCAGAAAACACCGUUAUGAAUGCACUGGCGUUUGGUAUGCCUGGGCGGAGCGGAAUGACUCGUAGUAUAACAUUUACUGUUCCCCUCAUCGCCAUCGAUCCUUAUCCGCAUCAUGUGGUGGCGUGUGUGCAACUCAUGCGCAAAGCCAUUGACCGAGACUACAUGGAUAAGAAAAUCACACAGGAGUCGUAUGGUAGCUUAAGUUCAACUUUGGAAUCCGCGUUAAAACAUCUCCCCCAGAGUUCAAAAUCAGUCCAAGCAGCUCGAUAG